GGUCCCAAGUUCAAAUUAUUUUCCCAUUCAUGACAAAUCAUGUAUCGAUAACAUAUCAAUAAAGAGUUAAUUAUGCAUUCAAACAUCUGAAAUCUCUGUGUUUUUUUUUUCUUGUGAGUUAUCUGAUCUUGUAUUUUUGAACAUUACAACAUUGACUAUUUAAGGUUUGGGUUGGUUUAUACACAGUAACCAAAUUAUAUUAUCCUGCUCACUUGAAUGGCUUUGAAAUGAUCUCUGUUCUUUUCUUUUUUAUUUAUCUCUGAACAAGUAAUUUAUUUUUUUAAACCGGGUAAUACAAUAUCCACAAAGAACAAGAAAAGUUUCAAAACCAAGAGAGUGGUUCCCCUUUCCCAGUUGCUUUGCUCUGAAAAGGGUAGUUUGUAUUGUAUGUACCCAACAACAGGUUCUUGGGUGUAGAAAGUCUUCCUGUUGUACUUGGUCAAGGGUGCAUUAAGCUUAAAUCUCAAAACCCAGUCAAGGUUUGAGAUAAAAAGGUGACCAUACGACACUAAAAGCAUCCCAGCAACAAACAUACCCUGUUAAGCUUUUCUUAAAGUCCUAUCUACCAUGAAACCUGUUUAUCCUUUAUUUUAAGACCAGGAGUCCAAGACAGGACAGGUUUCAUGGGAAUUCAUGAGUUCAUGCAGAAAACCAAAGCUUCAUAAGGGAAAAUGGACAACUAAACUUUUGCACCUUCUGUUUGUUCACAACAUUUCCUUAUGGAGAAAAAAAUAUAAAAGGAAUGGUACAAUGAAUAACAUGCAUCCACAGAAAAUUUUCCAUUGGAUUGUCUUAGUUAAUUUGUGCACCUACAUAGAACACAGGUUAGCAUUCUAAAUCAUUCCAAAUUUGCUCUUUUCCAAAAAAGUUCAUACUUAUCUUAACCUCUACUUAAUAUAUAAUGCCAGAUACGUAAACAAAACCUCAUGUAGAUGCUGUAGUUCACCUGUGUAUUGUCUCUCAAUUAGGACAGAACACCUAAAGCCAGACAAGCUUCAUGGACGUAGACAGUAAGAAAACUCCAAGCCAGAAAAUCCAGUCUCAAAAGAGGCACAUUAGUUGAACCUUGUACUUGUUACAUAACACAUUGUUGGUAUAUAUAUAGGAGUGGACACUUAGCAAAUACUCAAGUUAGUUAAGGUAGACAGACUCCAAUUUUCGUUAUCUGGAUCAGGAAAUCUAAUCCUUCCUGCAGCAACCGGUGUGCACCAUAAAGCCGAUCAGUGUUCCUUGAGGUAGUAUCUUCAUGCUAGCUCCACACGUUUUGCUUUCUUGUGUGUCAAACAUUAAUUUAUUAAGUGCACUUAUGCAGGUUUAACAGGCACUCAGCAAUCAGAAAGUGAUGGCAGUACUGCAUUGGGUUGCAAUCAUUUUGUCCUUCGUAGCAGCUAGUCACAACCGUAUAGGCCUUGUGGAAGCUUCAAUUGACAUAGGUGUUUGCUAUGGAAUGUUAGGGAAUGACCUGCCUUCUCCAACACAAGUGGUAAAUCUCUACAAAACAUAUGGUAUUGGAAAGAUGAGGCUCUUUGAUCCUAACCCAGAAGCACUCCAAGCACUCAGAGGAAGCCAAAUUGAUGUCAGUAUAGGCAUUCGAAAUGAAGACUUACCCAGUUUGGCAGUUAGUCAAGAUGCUGUAAACUCAUGGUUUGCAACCCACGUAGAGCCUUACCUUAAUGACAUUGUCUUCAAUCACAUUACGGUUGGCAAUGAGAUUAUUCCCGGGUCCUCAGGCAACUAUGUUCUGCCUGUAAUGCAGUAUCUACAGAAGAUUCUCGACGAUAGAAGCUUGGCUGGUAUUAAGGUGACUACUGUUGUCUCAGGGGCUGCCUUAGGAGUUUCAUAUCCACCUUCAAGUGGUGCAUUCACACUAGAGGCCAGCAGUACCAUGAGUGGCAUUCUUCCGCUUUUAGCACAACGAGGAUCACCCCUUAUGAUCAAUGUGUAUCCUUACUUUGCCUACGCAUCAGAUCCUGUCAAUGUUCACUUAGACUAUGCUCAAUUUACUGCAACAAGUCCUGUGGUUCAAGAUGGGACGUUGAGCUAUUAUAACUUGUUUGAUGCCACAGUUGAUGCUUUUAUUGCAGCAAUGGAGAAAGUAGGCGGAGCUAACGUCGAUGUGGUGGUGUCUGAGAGUGGUUGGCCUUCUGAUGGGAAUGGAGAUUUCACUACUCCAGAACUUGCAGGGACAUAUAACAGGAAUUUAUUGAAGCAGGUAACCUCAAGGGCAGGGACACCAAAAAGACCUGGUGCUUACAUUGAAGCCUACAUUUUUGCCAUGUUCAAUGAGAAUCAAAAACCUGAUGGUGUGGAGCAACAUUUUGGGCUUUUUCAUCCUAACAUGAAACCUGUUUAUCCUGUAUUUUAAAGAUUCAGAACAA